AUGGCAGCUCGGUACGACGAAGACACCUCUCUUGGUAGCACCUACGAUAACUAUGACUACGAUACAUCCGGGACAACCUACGAUACUACAGGCACAACAUACGAUGCAAAUGCCUAUGAUACCUAUGGAACCUCUGGAUACGGCGCAACCGGUUAUGGUACCACCGGUUAUGGCACCGAUGUCACCGAAACCUCUUAUGGAAACGCUUAUGACACUGGAUACGGCACCACUGCCUAUGAUCCCAGCAGCGGCGCCUACGAUCAGCAUCUAGACUAUCGUACCGAUGGUUCUCGGCGACAUCAUCGUGAACGACUUGACCCUAGUGGGGUCUACCGCCAUCGAGACGUCGAUCGCCGCGACGAUGGAACCACUCAUGUCCAUAGAGAGUACGAUAACCCGAACACUGGCACCAGUUAUCACCGCGAUUAUGAACGUUGA